AUGGUUGUAAAAGCGCUCAAGCAAUCUUCGAUUGCUAGAAAUGGUGUGGGAGCUUACAUUUUUCCCUGUAAGAAAAUCGUCUUACAGUACUGUAACUGGGGCGGUUCAUCACAAGGCAUGCGAGACUUUCUAUCUAGUAAGCGACUAGAUCUCCUGGCGUCCAAACAUCCCGAUAUCGAAUUCAAUGUGCUGAAAAAAUCUGGACACCCAAUGGUCAGAGCACAUUAUACCAACGGUAGAGAGAAAGUAAUCUGUGUGAGAAGCUUGAAUGUUGAUAAUGUGGAGAAUAAACUGAAACUAUUGAGAGACUCUUCAGGUGAGGUUCUGCAUCACCGUGUAGCAAAGGAUUACGUGGAAUCUCUGAACUCCAGUGUCAGAGGUGUAUGGUCACCAUUGCAUGUGGAUCCAUCGGGCAGACACAGGUUAUAA